AUGAGACUGCGAUUAACUGUGCGUAGGCACAAUCUUCCUGAUUGUCCUAUUAUCUGGGAUGUCAAUACCUCAACAUCGACACCGACGGUUUCAGAAUUGUUAGAUCAAAUUAAUGAUGUAGUUCCCAUCGAAUCUACAGAAUGGGGAAUGGACGAUUACGCUGUUGAGGUAAAGGGAAAAGAAGGCAUUAACUAUGAAUGUUUGCACUUUCAGCCUGUGGGCAAAGUAAUGAAGGAAGAAGAUGAAGUGAUCAUACGCCCACUUCUUACACAUGAUCUGCGAGUGCGAAGAAUAUCUGGAAGGCAUCAAAUUUCGUCGGAUGGAAGACAUUUGGUUGACGGUGUUGCGUUUGGAAGACCAAUGUUGAAGAGACCAGUGAACCGUCCUGCAAUUAAUAUCCCCCCUCGCAAACGACCCAGAAUCACGAUCGAUGAGAAUGAUGAGGAUGAUGAUGAAGAUGAUGAAGAGGAUGAAGAGGAUGAGGAUUCUUCUACUGAGGACCUGGGAAAUUCCGAACCAGUCAAACGAGUUUCAUUCCUGUCAAAUCUUGAUGAAGAUGAAGAUGAAGAUGAAGAUGACGAAGACGACGAUGAUUUUGAGCCAGGCGGAGACGAUAAUGAGGACGAGGAACAAAGCGAUGAGGAGUUUGAGGAACACAGCGAUGAGAAGAUUGAGGAUGCAGGUAAUCGACAACUAGUUCUUCAUGCCGAUUUUGAGGAUGACGACGAAGAGAGUGAAGAGGAGGUCGAGAAUACAAGCAGUCGACAACUAGUCAUUCAUGCAGAUUUUGAAGAUGAUGACGAAGAAGAUGAUGAAGAUUUUGAACCAGGUAUUGAGGAGGAAGAAGAAUUACGAGAACCGGAGGAAGCUUUUGAGGGUUUCCAAGAUGACCAGCCGACUUCCAGUACUCCCGGCGAUGACGCGGAAAGUACAGGUAAGACUGACGAGCUAUCUGUUGCCGAUCAAGCUGUUCUAUUGGACGUCGAAGAUACAUCGACAAAGGCGAAGAUAUGUCAAUUGCAUACUGCUUUUCCUAAGGCCUCAAUUGCCGUUGUCAAAUUCGUUCUAGAAGGCUCUGAAGGAGACAUAUCCCAAGCCUACGAGGCCUUGACUCGGGGAUUUGUUCCUGCUAAGUCUAAGAGCUCUAUCUUGCAAUUGUCUUCUAGUCAUUUCAUAAUAUCGCAGCCCACAUCUCAGAUCCAGAAUACUAAGAGCAGCGAAGCAGAAACCGAGUCUAAACAUAAUGGCCCUGCAUCAGCCAACAAGAUGGAUAUAGACGAUGAAGAAUCUGGCUCGGAGGAGGAAGAGGAAGACCCGUUGCUGCAGCACUAUGAUCAACACGGUCUGCCGCCAGGAUCAAUCAAGUCAGGCAAAGCAUUGUCUUUCAUGGCAGAAGCUAUGGAGGGCUCUCCCAACCCCAAGUCAAAGCUAACCAAGUUUGAAACUGUUUUGACUAGAAACAACGUCGCCAGUGUUACAGGCGGAGAUUUGAGCAAUGGACUUACAUCUACACCAGCUAUAGAUCUCAAGUCUAACGAGGAUGAGAUUACUAUUGAUAGUGAAGGUUCUUCAGAUUCGUCUUCCGAGGCCGAAUCAAGUGAUAGUAGCGAGGAGUCAUCUAGCGAAGACGAUUCUAGCGAAAACGAUUCUAGCAAGGCCGUCGAGACAUCAUCAUCAUCUGAUAGUGAUAGCGAUUCUUCGAGUGAUUCCUCCAGCGACGAUGAUGAAGCACCGGAAGUCAUGUCGAGUAAACUAGCUGCGCCAGUAAAUGAAGCAGCUACGUCAAAGCCAACCCCGUCUACCGGCAUAGUUGCUCCAAAAUCCCGAACGCCAGUGCCUCCUAGGCAGGGUAAAAAAGCGACGCAAUCCAGAAAUCAACGCCGUAAACAGGGUGUCGCUCUUGCUAAAUUUAAAGAGCAAGGUAUUUUACCAGAGGACACCACAGCAUUUGAAUUCAAUCGGUUGGAGGUCAGUGAUUGCACUUCCCCUGAGGAUGCCUUUGCUGCACUGGCAGUCCUGAGGGCGAAUGCCAAUUCUGCCAAAAUUCAGAAUGGAACAGAUAAAGCACUCGUUGAAGCCAAUGAUUUCGAGGCUCGUAGACGUGAACUACUUGCAUCUCUUGCAUCUGGUGGUAUCGAGGUGUCACCAAGAAGCGGUAAGGCCGUGGUCGAUACCUUAGACGUUAAUGUCUCGGAAAUGGUUAGCGGUGCUCCCAAGACUGUCAAAGAUACACACAAGGAGCCCCCUGUAGAUUCCGAAAUGGCUGAAGUGCCUUUACAGGGGGAUUCCAACCUUACGCCAACAAUCUCAGAUAAACCAAUUACAGCUUCCCGACGAGCAAAACUAGACGUAGGAGCAGGUCGUCGAUUGUUGUUUGGGGCACUAGGUGUGAAGACCCCCAAGACGAAGAAAGACGAGGACAAGCUUCGUAGUGAUUUGAUGAAAGACAUUCGGGUUCCAAAAAUUGUCAAUCCACCCGAAGAACCUUCACUCCAAGUGACUGACCUUCCCGCCAUUGAUGACGAUUCCUGGAGAGAUAAGAUUGUCUAUCGAGCGGUCGAAUGUUGUCAAGAAGGUAUCGUUUUAAGUGAACCUCCAUUUCCAUUUGUUCAACGAUGGGAUCCUCAGCAGCAAACUCGUAAAGGUGGCAAAAGGAAGAAUCAGGCCGAAGCCUAUAAUGAAGAGUCUCAAGAUUCGAAACAGCGAAAGCGACGUAAGGGAAAACAAAACUACUCUGAAGACCAGGACGAGCAUUUCGACGAAUCUUACCAACAAAGCUACGAAGACGACGCCAUGGAGACACAAUCAACAGAGCCACCAGAAAGACAAGUUGAGAGUGUGGAGCACAGGGCUGAUAUAGAAGAUCCCAUUCAAGGAACCCCUGAUCUGGUCGAACUCCCAGAAGAUCCAGCCACCUUGCCAAACCUAGACGCAGACGCGGUCCAGUGUGGAAUGAUUAUUGCUUUUAAGCAAAUGCUCAUGGACGAAAGUACAAAAUGGCAGCCGCAGAUUUCCGCUUAUCGCACGGCCUCCAUUCUUUCAGUCGACGAUAGUGGCAAUAUCUCGGUUGCCUUGGCAAAAAGAGACAGAGAUCGCCCCGUGAAGCAUUAUGAUGAAAACGGACAGAGGAUUUGGGGCAAGUUUGAAAUGCCUGAUGAUGACGAGGAUGAAGAGGAAGAGGACAAUGGAGAAAUGGUCGUCACCUUCAACGAGCUUGUCGAACCCAAGAUUGUCGCCCCUGCUCCAGUAAGCCUGUCGACCGACAUUUCCAAAUCUGGCAUGACGACUGAUGAAUCAGUGACUUUAAACAACGAAAACGAAGAGGAAACACAAUGCUCUCAUGUCACCGAGACGCAGUAUUUUAACACAGACCCACCUGCAUCCGCCGAAAUCGUGGACGUAGUCAGUACGCCACGCAACUCAAGACUUGAGUAUCUGCAAGCUGAAGCAUUGCCGGAAUCGAUUACGGACAGUGCUAGAGAGGACAUCUCGCAUCUCAUCAAGGAAGCUGGUUUCCGUUCUAAUGUUCCUUCCUCCAUAGUUCGAAACUUUGCUCCCAAUGGCUUGGAGAAGCGUGAUGAGGCGCCAUCGCUUGAUAAAAUGAGAACGGAAAUAAUGGCCGAAAUUGAUGCCACUUCAUUUUCACCCAAGUUUAAUGGGUUCGGCUCGAGCUCACCGGUCCACCAACGGCAACCUACCACUUCUCCCGACAGGCAACAAUCGAGCUGGCACACUGUAGGAUCUCAAGAACCUGCAAGCGCUCCGACUCACGACAAAUCAGGAAUGAUGGAAAACCAGGCAUCCGAAACGACUGCCCAGAGAGAAGUAUCUACAAAUAUGCCAAAAAUGACUUCCGACGUGCCCGGCAUUCAUACAAAGCCACCCCCCAAGGAGAUAAAUGUUGACAAAGCUCAGGCAAAACUGGAAGCUGUUCAGCCACGAAGAAAGGUCGCUGGUCCAGUUGACGCAGACCCAACACUUGAUACGAUUGAAGUAGAUUGCAGAGCGGAGUAUCCAAAAUUAUCGGAACAAUCAUCAUACACCAGUUUGGUUGCCGACCAUGGACGCCAACCUGAUUUAAGUUAUGAAAACAUGCGACAACAGGAACUUGAUACAUCUAAAACGGACGACGUAGCAUUGGACAAGGCGAUACACGAUGGCGAUACGUAUGAGGGUGAGCCUGAACUCCCUCCACGCCGGCCCGGUUCGUCCAGCAGACCUGUUGAUAAUAACAAUAUAGUUGAACCCUCAUCAGAAGAUUUCCCGACUAUUGAAGAGAUCCUGAGUUCGCCCUCUCAGCCCUCAAUGAAGUAUGAGAAGAAUGCUUCGCAACCCCCAUCAAAGCCUCAGGCCGAUGCCAAUAAGAGUAGGAAGGUGUUGGCAGCAUUCGACGACACACAAUCUUCAACAACCAAAGUAAAUGAGAAGAGUAAGAAAGUGUUGGCGGCAUUUGAUGAUUCAAAUUCGGACUCUGAUACGUCCCAAAUGAAUACCGAGCUUAAGUUGAAGAAAGAAGCUGAGAUCAAAUCAAAGAAGGUCAUGGCUGCAUUUGAUCUUUCGUCCGAUGAAGAGGAGCAGAUCACACUUAAGGCUUCCAAUUCUUCCAACCCUCGUCCUGCUCAAACCAGAACUUCCAAAAUGCCUAAAGGUUCGCAAGUCGUCAUGGACCUGACUCUUUCAAGCGAUGUCGAGCCUGAGCCCGAGAAGGACAAGUCAAAGAGUAACGACUCGGAAGGAGACGAAGGUUUUGAGGUUGGAUGGGGAGUAAAGGCGAAAAGUAAUUUGAGGGGAUUGAAGAGACAGGGGAGCAAUAGCUUGAGAGGCACAACGAAUACUGCUUUGAAUGCCAAAACCUCCAGGAAAUGA